UGGUUUCCCCGAGUUUACCAUAACUAGAUAAAAUAGAAAAUUGCAUAAGCCGGUUUUGUUUGUUGUAGUUUAAAAUAAAAUAUAGUGCAAAGUUAAAAAUAUACAGGGACAAAAUAUAAAUUUAACUAAAAGGAAAGGAGUACGUUAAAACCUUAACAUUUUGACGAUUUUUUGUCUGAUUUUGUGAUAAAUUUCAUUUUAUAUGUUUGAAACACAAAAUGGAAUCUAAAUCGAAUCCUCAACCACCGCACUAUUUCAAAGACAAUGAAUUUUACUGGUCAGCUUUCGAAAACAAAUACUUUAUGUUUCCUUGGCGUGUUUAUUACUGGUAAAAUAUAGUGAAAAAAAUAUUUGACAUCAUCAUCACAUCAUUUCAAAACAUACGUGCGUGUAACUACUAAAUGGACAGGAUCAACAGUCCCGGAGCACUAAAGAUAACAUGUACCUAUCAAUUUGAUGUUUACACAGAAAAACAAUUCCAAUGUAAUGCCAUACAGACGUGUUGUGGGUCACGAUGUUGCGACAAUGAGAUCUUGGAUACGUAUCUCAUCUGGGGUGGAGUAGCACUACUUCUUUUGGUACUUGUUAUCAGUGGAGCAUGCUGGUAUAUCAUGCAUGGACGUAAAAGAAACAGAGAAAUCCUUGGUUCACAAAAGCAACGCGUGAGCAACAUGCUUUCAGCAAAUCAAAACCCUAACGUGUGUGUUGUAACCGUCCAAGUUAACGAUGUUGGAAAGAGUAAGAGUACCAAGACCUCUGUUUUACCAAGGAACUUCUCGAGCAUCUCGUUCACAGAAUCGCUGUUCAAACUACCAAACAGCAAAAUAGAGAAAUGCAUUGCUGGUUCCCAUGAUCAGCAACCACUGCUUGAUGAUUCCCACUGGGAUGGGAAACCCGUGAGUGUGAGUUCCGAAAGUCACCUGCAUGCAUAAAAAUGACCCGUGCGUGACAUAUUUUUCUGUUGAAACGUUUACAUUAUGCAGUGCUGCAAGUUUGUCAGUGAAUUACAUUCAUUUUUGUCUGUGCUUUCUCCUGUUUAAUAUGUAUAAAUUUUGUACUAAACAAUAUAAUUAUUGUUCCUCCAUAUUCAUUCAGUGUUAUGUUGUUCACCUUUUUCAACAUUUUGACAUAAUGUAUGAUAUAAUAAGACACUAUUCAUUUCAAUAUCUUUGUUCAAAUGACACAAAUCGAAAUAAGAUGUUAUUCAGGUAGCUAAAUCCCAAGCUAAAAAUGAUAGUAGCAAAAUAGCGGAUUCAAACAGUUUUCAAGUUGUUUGUUUUGCAUGUCAUUUAUCUUUAUUUUCAUGGCACAGUCUUGUUGAAAUCAUUUAGUGUGCCUUUGCCUGUCGAUUUUUAUGUUAUAUUGGCAUUUCAAAAUUCAAAACGGACACAGCUUCAAUCUUGGAACUUUUUUGAGCUAGUUUUACAGUGAGUGUGUUUGACUGAAGCUAUUCAUCAUCACCCUUUUUUCAUCUUUUGUCAGUACUUACAACGUUUUAAUCGAGAUAUUAAAGACAUUUAAAAGGGUCGUUGUUUGAAAUAAAGUCCUUUCACAUAUGUUUCAUUUUACAUAAAGUAUAGGUGGUGGGCUAUUUAGUGCGAUAAGCCAGGACUGAACUGAGGUAAAAUAUGAUUUGGGCUAUAAUUAUUACACAUGUACAAUAUAUUGAUUUUAUAAUAUAUAUUUACUAUAUGUGACAUAGGAAAUGUCGGAUACAUGUUAUGUACGGGAGCUUUUAAACUUCACUUAGUCUAGUUUGUAAUUUCGAGAUGUCAUGUUUUUUGUAGUUUAUAUACGCUGACAAAUGUUGGUUUUGAAAGAUAAACGAUGCAUCACAAAAAAAACAUAUUAAUUUCAUCACACAUUAAACGGAAAUACUGACAUUUAGUCAAAUAGUUGUGUAUGUGUUGUGUGAUCAUUCAGCAAAAGACGAACGAAAACACUAUAACAUAAGUACCCUAUUUUAGAUUAAUAUAAUGAAGAGAACUCGGUUGUGAAAUAAUGAAAAUAUUUUUUGCUCCUAACAUGAUAUCAAAACUGAUUUGUCAUUUGCUGCCAUGUGUCAGAAAGUGUUCAAAAAGCAAAACAUUACUAUUCUAAUACUACCCUCAUAUGCUGGAUUUAUGUGAUAAAGCAAAAAGUUAUAGAAUGAUGGUGAUGGUGACUUUUAUUUCAUUUUGCAUUAAAUUACAAAGGAAACGCGUUUGAUAUUUGUUUAUUUUGUAUAAAAGCUAUAUUCGAUAUAAAACUUGAAGACAAAUCGGUGCAUUUGUCAUUUUAAUGAUAACCACUUAAUAUCCGCAUGUAUUGUAUCAGAUCAAGUAUGUACUAUUUUAGUAAACUGACAUUUUAUUCAUUUUUAUGCACUAUUUAAACUAAUGGUUUAUUUACUUUUGUAUCUUUUCAUUGUAUUAGUCCAAUUAUAGAUUGUCGGUGACGGGUUAAGAUAAAUAAUCAUGUUGUGUGCCAAGUUUGUACCAGCUAGUAUAAAGGUUUGAUACUGACACUUAAGACUUAGCAAUAAACAUGGAUAUAAGAUGAAUAUAGCUACCAGUCUCAAUUCUUUUACAUCUUCCAGGAAAAUCUUUACACUUUUAUAGAUAAUAUCGUUUCCAAAUGCAAUAAUGUCAACAUAUUCAUUAAACCAACUUUCUUAAAUAAGAACAAAUGUUUCUCAAAGCAGUGCUUUUUAGCAAAUCUGGUCAGGAUCCAUGCUGUUCGCGUUCAAAGCCUAUUGCAACUAGGGAAACCGUUAGCGAGCAGCAUGGAUCCUGACCAGACUGCGCGGAUGUGCAGGCUGGUCUGGAUUCAUGGUGGUCGCAAACGCACUAUGUUGGUUUUCUCAUGGCGCGGCUCAUUUUCUCAGUUCGGUAUGUGUCGCUUUACAUUAUACGAGUGUUUUACAAAUGAAACGAAACCAAAAACAUGUUGUAAGAUAAUUAACAUCAACGAUAUAGCAAUGCUAAUGCAAGGAAACAUAUCAGAGAAAAUUAUUUUGAAUCACACUCAAACCGGUUUCAGUACAUCCUGUUUGUUUCGCAAUAUUUUCUUAUUACUAUAGAACUGUAUGUAUCAUUCAAUUGUACUACGUAAGCGAACAAGGAAUGCAAUAUUCUUUCAUUGAAGACAAAUAAAUAUUUGUUUGCA